AUGCAUCUGCUGGCUUUCCUGUCUCUAGGUGCAGUUCUGCAUUCCGCGUUCGCUGCUGUUCCUGAAUGGGGUCAAUGUGGCGGUAUCGGAUGGACAGGAGAGACCACUUGCAUUAGUGGUACAGUUUGUACAGUUCUCAAUGAUUGGUAUUACCAAUGUCUGCCCGGAACGGCCACUUCAACAACCAUUUCUUCUACUUCUCACACAACUGCCACUGCUACUUCGACUACGGUUUCCGCGCCAUCUUCUACCGGUUUUGUGACAACCUCCGGCACACAGUUCCGUCUCAACGGUGCCAAAUUCACUGUUAUUGGCGCCAACUCGUACUGGGUCGGGCUGAUGGGCUAUAGUACUUCUGAUAUGAAUGUAGCCUUCGCAGACAUCGCGGCUACAGGUGCCACCGUCGUCCGUACAUUGGGCUUCAAUGAGGUAACAACUCCUAACGGGAUUUAUUACCAGAGUUGGUCCGGAAGUACACCAACCGUCAACACUGGUCCUACAGGUCUUCAAAACUUUGAUGCUGUCGUCGCUGCUGCUGCUGCGCACGGUAUAAAGCUUAUUGUUACUUUAACGAACAACUGGUCCGACUAUGGAGGAAUGGACGUAUACGUUAACCAAAUCCUCGGACCUGGCUCUGCGCACGAUUUAUUCUAUACCGACUGUGGUGUCAUAUCUGCUUACAUGUACUAUGUCAAGACAUUCGUCUCGCGCUACGUGAACGAACCUACUAUUUUAGCCUGGGAACUUGCAAAUGAACCUAGGUGCAGGGGAAGUACUGGGGCGACUUCUGGAUCGUGUACUACAACGACCAUCACAAAAUGGGCUGCGAUGAUUUCAACGUACAUCAAGUCGAUCGAUCCUAACCAUCUAGUCGCGAUAGGAGACGAGGGAUUCUAUAACGAACCUAAUGCACCGACUUAUCCAUAUCAAGGUAGCGAAGGCAUCGACUUUGAUGCAAAUUUGGCCAUUAGUAGCAUUGAUUUCGGUACAUUCCACUCCUAUCCUAUGAGCUGGGGUCAAACCAGCGACCCUCAGGGAUGGGGCACACAAUGGAUCGCUGAUCAUGCAACCUCAAUGACCGCUGCAGGAAAGCCUGUGAUCAUGGAGGAGUUUGGAGUUACCACCAAUCAAGCUACUGUUUAUGACGCCUGGUAUCAGGAAAUUGUCUCUUCGGGUCUCACUGGUGCUCUUAUCUGGCAAGCUGGUUCUUACUUAUCAUCUGGGGCUACUCCGGACGACGGAUACGCCAUUUAUCCUGACGAUCCCGUAUAUGCCCUGGAAACCUCUUAUGCGGCUGCAUUGAAAGCGCGAGCGUAA